GAGAGAGGCAAUACAAUGAGCAAUCGGCUUGAGUAAGUUAUAACGGAAAACGAGGGAAGCUUCCCACAACACGCAAGUGGGUGCCUUGAAUUAAAUUAAUAGAGGAUGAAAUUCUAGUUUAAGGAAGGUUGGUUGGUUGGGUGGGGGUAGGAGAUACUCUCAUUCACCUCCCAUCAUCAUUAUAAUCAUUCAUUCCAACCUACCCUUAUUCUUCUUCUUCAAUUUCACACCCAUCAUGGACCGUUUUCCGAUCCUCUUUCUCGUCGCCACCCUCAUCACCCUCGCCUCCGGUGCCCGCCACGAUAUUCUCCGGUUACCCUCCGAAGCUUCCAGGUUCUUCAAAGCACCUGCUAAUGCCGAUCAAAACGAUGAGGGCACCAGGUGGGCCGUUUUAGUUGCCGGUUCCAAUGGCUACUGGAAUUACAGGCACCAGUCUGAUGUUUGCCAUGCAUAUCAACUACUGAGGAAAGGUGGUGUGAAAGAGGAAAAUAUUGUUGUAUUUAUGUAUGAUGACAUUGCUUUCAAUGAAGAGAACCCACGGCCUGGAGUCAUUAUUAACAGUCCACACGGAAAUGAUGUUUACAAGGGAGUUCCUAAGGAUUACGUUGGUGAAGAUGUUACUGUUGACAACUUUUUUGCUGCUAUACUUGGAAAUAAGUCAGCUCUUACUGGUGGCAGUGGGAAGGUUGUGGAUAGUGGCCCCAAUGAUCAUAUAUUUAUAUACUACUCUGAUCAUGGCGGUCCGGGAGUGCUAGGGAUGCCUACUAAUCCAUACAUGUAUGCAUCCGAUCUGAUUGAAGUCUUGAAGAAGAAGCAUGCUUCUGGAACUUAUAAAAGCCUAGUAUUUUAUCUAGAGGCAUGUGAAUCUGGGAGUAUCUUUGAAGGUCUUCUUCCAGAAGGUCUGAAUAUCUAUGCAACAACAGCUUCAAAUGCUGAAGAAAGCAGUUGGGGAACAUAUUGUCCUGGGGAGUAUCCUAGUCCUCCCCCUGAAUAUGAAACCUGCCUGGGUGACCUGUACAGUGUUGCUUGGAUGGAAGAUAGUGACAUACACAAUUUGCGAACAGAAACUUUACAUCAACAAUACGACUUGGUCAAAGAAAGGACUAUGAAUGGAAAUUCAAUCUAUGGUUCCCACGUGAUGCAGUAUGGUGACAUAGGGCUUAGCAAGAACAAUCUUGUCUUAUAUUUGGGUACAAAUCCUGCUAAUGAUAAUUUUACUUUUGUGCAUAAAAACUCAUUGGUGCCACCUUCAAAAGCAGUCAACCAACGUGAUGCAGAUCUCAUCCAUUUCUGGGAUAAGUUCCGCAAAGCUCCUGUGGGUUCUUCUAGGAAAGCUGCAGCUGAGAAAGAAAUUCUGGAAGCAAUGUCUCACAGAAUGCAUAUAGAUGACAACAUGAAACUUAUUGGAAAGCUCUUAUUUGGCAUUGAAAAGGGUCCAGAACUGCUUAGCAGUGUUAGACCUGCUGGGCAACCACUUGUUGAUGACUGGGACUGCCUUAAAACACUGGUUAGGACUUUUGAGACACAUUGUGGAUCUCUGUCUCAGUAUGGGAUGAAACAUAUGAGGUCCUUUGCAAACUUCUGCAACGCUGGAAUACGGAAAGAGCAAAUGGCUGAGGCCUCGGCACAAGCAUGUGUCAGUAUCCCUGCAAGUUCCUGGAGUUCUCUGCACAGGGGUUUCAGUGCAUAAUUCCUAGAAUCCGCUCCAUUGAAGACAGAGUAUAGUCGUUGUAACAUUAUUCUUUACGAGCGUUAUGUACUGUACCUGGACAUGAUUUCUUAUACCAACCCUGUUAAUAAGCAUGGGACGCUGGGGAAACCUAUUUACAUUGUAAUUUCGUGCAAAAUAGAUGCUGUAACAAAGGCAUUUUACUUUUACUUGGGGAGAGGCAGUGGAACCAUAAGGACCUUGGAAAUUCUGAUUAAUAUGACAGGGCACAAUAUCGUGUUUGUAAGCCAACGCUUUAUUUUUAUUUUAUGGUAACCCCUUUCUGUGGAUAA